AUGUCUGAGUCACCGAAGUCCGAGAAAUACAUGUUUCUCACUAGAUACAGCACACCUGUCCCCGAACUCGAUGACCACAGAUUUCAACUGGAUCCGCCUCGAAUGGACGCCGCACCCGAUGUGCCGCUUAGCCGGCAAAAUACCGCGCCGCAGGGUUUGCACCCAGAGACUCCCCAACGCCCAGACCUGCUCAUUAUACAGGACGCCCUGCGAGAGGCCGGGUCCUUUUCGCGCGACUUUGAGCAAGCAAUUGUCGACGACGAUCGAUCGAUUCAAGAUCUCACGGCACUGGGACGUCGUUUCUCUGUUGAUCCCACCGGCAAUGUCCGACAUGGUCGCACUUACAGCCGCACACAUCAGGAUUAUGCCAACUUGUCGCGCGAAUCAUCCGUAUCAGCUAGAUCAACCUCCCCGCCUAACUCAGUCGAGGCGUUCGCAGAUCCACGUCGCCGGGAACGGGCGAAUACCCUGGAGAGCCACGGAGCUCCUGAUAUUGAGGCCAUUCUUCAACGUACUGUUUCUGGCGGUACGCAUCAUCGCCGUCCAACGUUCAGCAAUGCCAGUGUGAUACGUCCGCAGGCUGGGGACACACAACUGGAGCCCACCGAUGAUGGCUGCGUGCCAACGUUCGAGCAGCCUGGCAGAAUCCCAGUCAUCGAUUACGAAGAGCUGGAAGAAUUUGUUGCACUCAGCCAGCAAGUGAAGCCCACAACAAGCAGACGUAAGCAUAGUCUGAGCUCACAGAGCAAGAAGCCGCGCAUUUUCUACGACCUUCGUGCGGGCGUCCACAACUCCGACAGUGAUGGCACGAAACGAUCUUCAAGCACACAGAAUUCAUCUGAUGAUAUACUGGAUUCAAUUUCCGCGAAGAAUGAAAAGCUAUUCGCGGAAGUUUCGAAUGAGAAGGAGUCACUUGAGAACAUGAAAAAUGAGAAUGAGCCCACCCGGUUUGGCUUUUUCUCUUCGGAAUCUCAAAGUACUGUGCAUGCUGCAGAGUUGGGUGACCUGGUCUUGCCUGGGGAUACUUUUCGUGAUCUCUUCCAGCUUGGCCCGGAAGGUGGCGUCUGGUGGCUUGACGUGUUGAACCCUACAGAAGACGAAGUGGGUGCUUUGUCCAGAGCUUUCUCCAUCCACCCUUUGACAACGGAGGACAUCCUAACCCAGGAAGCUCGUGAAAAGGUCGAGCUUUUCAAGCAGUAUUAUUUUGUCUGCUUCAGGACAUUUUACCAGAUGGACAAAACCAGCGAGCAAUUCAUGGAGCCCGUGAAUUUCUAUAUGGUUGUCUUUCGCGAUGGAGUGCUUUCGUUCUCAUUUACUGAGAAUCCACAUGCAGCUAAUGUUCGGAAGCGAAUCGGAAAGCUUCGCGAUUAUGUCUCACUCAGCAGCGACUGGAUCUGUUAUGCCAUGAUCUUUGGUCCCGUGAUCCGUGAAAUAGAGGUCGAGUCGGAAGCUAUCGAGGACCUUGUUUUCAUUGCCCGUAUGGAUGAUUUCGAGUCCUUUUUACCACGCAUUGGUGGCCUUCGCAAAAAGGUCAUGAGUUUAAUGCGGCUAUUGGGUGGCAAGGCCGAUGUUAUUCGGGGCUUUUCGAAACGCUGCAAUGAACAGUACUCAGUGACGCCUCGCGGUGACAUUGGCCUAUAUUUAGGCGACAUCCAGGAUCACGUCGUAACCAUGAUGUCUAAUCUGGCACAUUUUGAAAAAAUGCUUAGCCGGUCGCACACCAACUAUCUUGCGCAGCUGAAUGUGACCAACCUCAUGCUGGGUAAUCAUGUCAACAAAGUCCUCAGCAAGGUGACACUCAUUGCCACCAUGCUUGUGCCCAUGAACCUCAUCUGCGGUCUCUUUGGUAUGAAUGUGGAGGUCCCUGGACAACACACCGAGAGCCUUGCGUGGUUCUUCGGGAUCAUCGGCGUCAUUGGUGCUAUUAUCAUCAUUAAAGAAUUCUCGGCGCAGCUGGCCGUCACCAGCCACGGGACCAUAUACCUCGGCGAUGUCGACACACGGUUCGGGUUCCCACUGGAAUCAUAUAAUGGACUGGAGUUUGAAGAGACUCGGGGACGAGAAUUAGACUUGAUCCGUCGAGCCCCAACGGGGGUGUCAUCCCUAGGAAACAACCAGUACCAGGAAGGCACGCUGAGAUUGGGUGAGACUCAGCAUUGGUAUUUCCCUACAGAUUCGACCGCUGGCGAUAGCAGCAGCACCAACGAAACUACUUCGAAACGGAGCGAAGAUGUCGCAGAACGAUCGACGACCAUAUAUCUGUCCCUGACAGCCUGCUCGAAACCGAGUCUCAACGAGUCGGAAGAUGCGACCGGUUCCUCGUCCACUGUGCCACAACUGCAGGUCUUCGUCUCGCUGUCCGAAUCACUUGAGAAGCCCGGCCCCGACAAUGACAGUGCAGAACAACAGGUGUUUCUCGCGGAGGAGGGCUAUAUGGGCACGACUCUGGCAGCGGACGGGAAUGUGUAUAUCGGGGUCACCGCUCCCAAUAACACGCAGUAUUCGGGGUCGUACACGUACCAAAUCGCAGUAUCCACCGAUGCCUUUUUUCACGAUGUGAAUACCGAGGAUCAGCUUCUAUACCUGGUGGACUCGGAUACAAAAGCCGCACUCUUCACGACGAAAAACCUCACAGACACAGAUAUUGACGCCCAGGACAUCAGCAUAUGGAUGAACAAGACACCCCCGUACACAAUGUUUGCCAAUAACUUGAACAGCACUGCAGUAUCGGGUCUGGAGCGAUCCUUUUGUGCCCUCGAUCGGCUUGCGCAGAUCGGUAUGAAGGACGUGGAGCCCAGUAUGACUACACGUGGUGACAAGCUCCGGCCCAAGGAGCAACUCUAUGCCACUGGCCUGAAUAAAAGCUCUACCUACUUAGGGAUCCUCGCCCGAUACGGCAAUUCUACCAGUGCAGGUAAUGGGAUAAUAGGUGGCGGUGGGAAGGUUUGGAAGCCGAUGAAUUUUUCUACGAAGACAGAGGACAAUUGCGCGCUGGUGUACGACCUUUCAUUCUGUUCAGAAGUCGCCUAUGCCGUGCCAUCGAACUCGUCCGCUCAAAUCCCGAUCUUACGCACAUUCUAUGACGACAAUGCCGCAUCUCUCUACCAAAAUUUCAAUUACUCCCUCCAACAGGUUCAGUGCAAUGCUUCCAGCGAAACUGUGUUUUCCCUCGCUGUCUCCUGCGACAGCUGCGCCGAGGCCUACAAGCAGUGGCUUUGCGCUGUAACAAUCCCCCGGUGCCAAGACUUUUCGAGCACCGACUCCUUUCUUCAAGUCCGCAAUGCGGGCCAGGCAUUUUCAAACGGCACCUCCAUCACCAACAGUAGUUUAUUGACUAAUCCUGCCACAAAUCGAUCACGGAAUCCGUUGAUCGACACUGACAUCCAGCCGGGUCCCUAUAAAGAGAUCCUCCCCUGCCAGGACGUCUGCCACAGUCUCGUCCGAAACUGCCCGUCCGCUUUAGGCUUCAGUUGUCCCGUGGGGCAGUGGUUAAAUUCUUCCUAUGGGGUCCGGGACUCAAAUGGCGUUAUCACCUGCAGCUACUUGGGCGCUGCGUACUAUAUGAGUAUGGCGGCGGGUCUCCGUCACGAUGUAUGGAACGCUUUUUUUGCCCUGACCGCACUAUGGACCGCGCUGUGGGCAAUUGAAUAG